AUGGAACUGCAUCUUAAGGAGCUGUACUACACUAACAAUAAAUGUAGUGAUUUUGGGGUGGAAGUGUGGACCAAGAGGGCUGUUCUAAUACGGAGGAUGACUGUUGUAGUCGGUGGUGGAACUCUCUUAGUGUUAAAGGUUGUUGAUAACAUGGACAUGGGAGAAUGCUUUCUUCUGCCCACUUUGCGCGAAGAAGCUGGAACAAAGAUUCAUAUAUGUAGAUCUAUGUACGUAUUAACUGUUACAAUGCGCGAUCCUCCUCGACAGAUACGCAUUUGUAACAGUCCAUAUAACGGUGCAGCCCCACGUGAACAAGCCUCGUGUCCUCAAUUCUCCGAUACAGCAGGACACGAGUACAGUAGUAACAUCACUACACUGGCUCGCGAGUGGCGAAUGCCUAACCUACAACAAUUUCUUAUGACUUCAACAGAUGAAUUCUGUGAAGAGUUCCCACACAACCUGAUCCCAACACCGGGGUACUGGAUCGAGUGUUCGCGGCAGAAGAUCGCAUCGGACACCAUCUGGGACGAGUCAGAGAGUGAGAGAGAGGAAGAGAGACUUGACGAUGAGGAUGGAGAAGACCCGAGGCCACACAGGGAUCUUCUGCUGGAGGAUGACGAGGACGAAGACGACGAGGAAAUGCCGAGGAAGAAGACUGCGAUAGAAGAACAAUGGGAGAAGAACCAAGGAUUCGAGCUGACAUCAGUGGAGCAGGAAACCUACGAGAAGUAUUUCUACGGCACGGAACACUGGAACUACUUCACCAACGAUGAGGACCUGGGGCCAGUCAUCCUCAGCAUCAAGCAAGAGAUCCUCAACGGCCGGGACCAGUUCAGGAUACUCGUGCGAGCCAUCAGUUACACGGUGCACGGACUGAUACCGGCGUCCUGCGUGUUCGCGGACCGAUACAACCGCGAGGAGGUGGUGCGCUCUCUCGGCAAGGAAGUCAACAUCAACCCGCCUCUGGUCCUUGGCCAGCUACCGGACACACCCGAAGAACUUCUGAAAUUAGACCAAGUGUUCAUCAAAUCCGAGUUGAAAGUCGGCGUGCUUUUCGUGAAGGAGGGACAGUACACGGAGGAGGAGAUCUUAGAUAACAAUGAAAACAGCUCUCUUUUCACCGAGUUUUUACAAAUCCUUGGAGAGAGAGUAAGAUUAAAAGGAUUCGACAAAUAUAAGGGAGGCCUAGACACAGUCCACGACUUGACGGGUCUCUACUCCGUCUACACCAACUGGCGAGGUAUAGAGAUCAUGUUCCAUGUUUCCACACAGCUGCCUUAUGAGAGCCACGAUCCGCAAAAGCUUCAAAGGAAGCGGCACAUCGGGAAUGAUAUUGUAUGUGUUGUAUUCCUGGAAGCAGACAAUACGUCGUUCUCUCCUUCUUGUAUCAAAUCACACUUCUUGCACACGUUCAUACUGGUCCGCACAAGUCCCAGAAUCAAGAGGAAACCCACCAGAUACGAGGUGUCGGUAGUUACUCGAGACGAAGUGGGUGCCUACAAGCCUUAUCUCUGGGAACAAUCUGUGUUCGACAAAGGACCUAUGUUUCGAGAAUGGUUAUUAACAAAAAUAGUCAAUGGAGAAAGAGCGAGUUAUUCUGCACCAAAGUUUGCAAGAAUGCAAGAGAGGACAAGAUCACAAAUGCUGGAAGACAUUGUUGCCAACCUAGCAAACCAUGCAGAGACCGGCCAAAUUCCUAAACCUUACAGGCGAGGAUCUUGGAGACCAAUUGGUCACAUGAGGCCUUCCAGUCCUCUCCUGGACUCUGUGAGAGAUCGCUUCGAGGACUAUGACCAGCUGGCCAAGGACUUCACAAGAGUGUUCCUACAGGAUGAGGCUAAUAUUGCAGUCAAUGCCAACCUAUUUGACGUCAUCUUUCUGGUUGGUCAAUCAAAGCAAAAGAGCAGGUUUAUUGGAGUUCGAGCAAUCCUUGGAGUUCGAAGCAGGGUGUUUCAAGAAAUGCUCUAUGGUAUUUCUACGGGGUUUGGUUCCCCUCAAGUGCCCGUGGCAGAGCUACUUGCCAGAGCUGUGCCCAGUCUGCCCAGCCCCCAGAAGCCAAAAAGCAGCAAUUUUCUUCAAGUCCCUGAUAUAGAAAGUCCAAGGCCUAAGAGUGUCCCAAGUUCUCCCAUGGUGAAGAGAGCAUUCUCCAGACUAGGCACGCUUACUGCAGGCUGGGGCCGGUCUAUCAGGAAACAGCAUACCCAGCUAUCAGCUGAGGACAAGAAGAAGUGGGCUUCAUCACAAGACUGUUCUAACAAAGAAGGAAAAGACAAGGACAAAGACAAGCCGGGAGCGUCUCAGUUAGCAGUGCCUCGACUCAGCGUUUGUGCAGACGUUCAGAAAGUAGAUAGAGCAAAGCUUGCACAGGUUGAGUUCACCAUAAUAGAGUUUGAUCCUGACACGUUCCGGAUACUGCUGGACUACCUUCACACGAGUUCUUGCCCGCUGACCUGCACUAACAUCCCAGGGCUGAUCUGUGCCGCAGAGCACUACGAUUUACCAGAGCUGUUACAGGCGUGCUUCCAUCAUGCCAAGCAGUUUCUCCGGAUAGAUGUGGUUUGUGUGAUGCUGUGUUCAUUAGAAAACUAUUACUGGCGAUACACAUCAGCUUCUGAGCUGGUCAACAUGAUACUGGCUUUUGUUGAGACCAGAGCUCAUCAGCUAUUCCAGAUGCCAGACUUUGUCCAGCUGUCAGAGUCUAUGGUGCAGAUGAUCAUGUGUCGGAACCUGGAGAUUCCAGAAGUACGCAAGUUUGAGGCGAUGUUGGGUUGGGCCAAGCACAAGAUCCGGACCAAGACAUCAUCCAAGCUAGAUGCCAAACUAGAAUUUAAGGUCACUAUGGAAAGACUUUCAAGAGAUCUCAAAUUGUACAGGAUAUCUCCUCAGGAAUUGAUAAAGAUUGUUCUUCCAACCAAAGCGAUUAAGAAUGAGAGGAUUCUGGAGACACUGAUGUUCCAAGCGAACUCGGGCAUGUAUCGGAUACAGGACAGUUACCUGGAGGCGUGUCAGCAAAGACUGCAAAAACAGGACUCGAGGUUUAGUGAGUGGGAAUCAUUUGACUACGGUAUUUAACACCAAGCAAAAGAGACACUGACAUAAGCAGUCUGUCUCUUCCAUGUGCUACUAAGUGUUCUUCUUGACUCCUAGCGGUCAAAGACUUUCUACUUGUCUGAGUAUGCUUUAUUUUUGUAUUCUAUCUCGAUACAGUCACAUAUAUAAAACAGUUUCAAGACGCUUUUGAGUUUGCAGAAAAAGUAUCAAUUAUAAAGAAUAGGUUUUUGAAUGAAUCAAAGAAAAUCCUCUUAUCAUAUUUGACAAAACUUUUUAAUAAAAGAAUAUUUUGAGCCAUCGAUAAUUAUUUGUUUUCAAUUUUUUAUAUUACCUUAUAUCACCAAACAAAAAAAGCUUGCCGAUUUCAAAAAUUGUAUUUAUAUACUGAAUUAAGUUUUUAAUUUUACAGGUGGCUUUAAAAUGGUAAAUUUGUUUUUAAACUAGUGAGGAACACAUUAGAUUGUAAAAUUUGUAGUAAACAAAUACACCACUUAAAUGUAGUGAUGACUACACCAAUCUACCAUGAAAAUGCACUCUGAUUCAGAAACUCCAGGCUCAUCGGGUGCCUUGAGAUUGGUUUAUAUGGCUGACUGUUAUAGAGCGCAUUGUACUCAAUGUAAAGCCCAAUAAACUAAACAUGUAUGACACAGCUGAUUAGGGAAAGCUAACAAGUGGCUGAUUCUAAAUAAGUUGAAAUGAUAUCAUUAAUGUUCAGUUCAAAAGGGUUCUGAUUGUAAAUGAUAAAAGAUAGAAGAUUUUGGUUGUGGUAAUGUAAAAGGUGGGUUAUUAUUUACACUUCAGUUAAAGUUUCAAUAACAAUUUGAUAUUCCAAAAUGAACCAGAAAAUUAGGAAAGAUUUUGGAUUAGUCUCUUGUGGAUUUAGGGUUCUCCUUGGAUUUUCAUUUGAAGAGAAUUUCUAUUGCAGAUUUUUGUGGUCUCAUGAAGAACUCCUUGUCCUGAAUGUCUCAAUGCCUUUGCUGCAAGAUUUCUUUACUACUUCAAUUGAAUUAAAGAAGUAAUAAUCCUUUUAGGGAUUUUGGUUCCACCACUGACUGCUCCACUAAAAAAUUUACUCUCUAAUACCAGAUCCCAUUAAAAAUUCUCAGCUACUGGUUAGUCAUUGCAUGAUUUCUUUACAGGCCCUACAAAAAAGUAGAGUUAACCUCACAGUUACAACAGACAAGUCUAGGUUCUAAAGAUUUUUGUAGGAUUUUCGACCAUGGACUUUUUUAAAACUUUGCUAGCUUUUAUUUUACUUUAGCAGAUAAUCAGGAAAUAAUAUUGUUGUACUAAACAUUGCAAAAGGAAUUCAUGAUAUUCAUAUGACCCUUUUGGUACAAACGUCUUUCCAUUUGCACCAUUGAAUCAUUGAAAUUGAUUCAUUGAAUGAUCAUAAAAUUGGACUUACAAUAAUUUAUGAAUAAAUAAUGGCACUACAUAAAUAGUACAUCCCUUUUACCUUUCAUAUGAAGUAGAUGACAACACUAGGAUUCCAAUCAAUGUGAUAAUUGAGCCUAGUGUGCUAUUCACCAUUUUAAAAUCAGUUAGCAUGUUGAACCUUGUUGCCUACAAUGGAAUUUCACACAGUUACUUGUCAAGUACCAUGUCUCAAAAACUAUUGUAAGAAUUGUAUUUGAGGAGCGAACAUUCAAACCAUGUUUUCUCAAACACAAUUUAAUUUAGUAUUGUACUAUGCCUUUUUUAUUUGUGUUAAUGGUAAUUAUUAUAAAUUUCAACCUUACAUAAAGUAUUAAACCUAAAGUUCACCAGAAAAAUGUAAUUUAAAUUUGGCAAAAACGUGUUUUGAAUUAACUGAGAGGAGAAACCAUUUUAUGAUUGCAUUAUAAAGCGUGUUUUGAACGGAAUAUCAUGGAAUAAACAAAAUCUGUAUGUAACAAAUAUUUUACUUCAGUACAUGAGUUAUGUGCAAAAGCAGAGUGUAUACUAAAUAAAGCAGCUUCAUCACACUAAACUUAAUACCACUCAGAGAAAACACUUCCAUGCAGCUGACAGCUUAGGAUCAAAGGACCAAAAAGGAAAGCUCUAGUUGUCUUGUUGGAAAAAUCACUGUUUGACUGAACAGACACUUUGAAGAAAACAUAUUUUACUGAAUCAUAAAUCUUUUUUAUUUCUUUAUAAUAGGAGAAUACAUAUGACAUAGCUAUGGUGGGAAUGGUUGAUUCGAUGUGAAUGUUGAGUUUAGCUCCAUUUUACCUUCCUCUUAGUGCAGCACCUGAAUCUGAUGCUGUCGCAGACUUAACUCUUAUUGUAUUCUCACAGUCUCAUCAAGUGCACUACGAUGUUUUUAAUACAAUCCCGAAGCACAGUGAAGCAACCCGAAAUCUGACGCUAUUGGCAACUUGACUCCUAGAAUUUGGAGUCACGUUCUUCUGAAGGGAUCCAAUAAAGGUCUGAUAAGGUAUGAGAAUGCCUUUUCACCUAUAUUUUGUAGUCUAGGUGUCACUGACAUCAAGCCCAUGUAAAGAGUUAAUUUUGAGCUUCUUUGUAGCCAACUUUUAUUGGACAUGUUCAGGCGAACAUGACUCCAUAUUCGAGGAGUCUGCAACAGCUUCAGAAUUCAGACUUGGUAAUAAGAGGAAAGUGAAAUGGAACUGAAUUCAAUAUUCACAGAAGAAUACAUGUUUCAUUUGAAAAUGAUAUUUCCAUUAGGUGUAGUUCAGCAUAAAGAUCAUACAAACAUCAACAUCUAAAUUUUUUUAGGAAACACACUGUGAAUGUUUGCUUCUCUUUUAUUUAGUCUUAUAAUUUCUAAAUAUUAUCAGUUUUAUGAAUAAAAUUUAUUUAUUUAUACAAAAAUCCCUAUUAUACCACAUAUACCUUUUAUCACGUGAUAUUCUGUACUACAUCCAAUGCUAAAAUAUAUUCCCUUUGAAAUGUUCUAGGUGCAUAGUAUAUACCAGUAAACAACAAACAGCAAUUAAUCUAAAUAUAUUACAUUAAAAUAUUUUAAAAAUUGUAUUGAGUAAACUCGGAUAAAAACAUAAAAUACCCUAUAUUUAAAUUUACUGAUCGAAAUGAGGUAACUGUUACAAGAUUAAAAUGGAUUACAACUCUAAGCAAAAGAUCUAUGGUAGCACUAUGCAAAAUGCACUACAAAUUGCCACAUAGAAUUGCUAUUACCACACAAAAUGUCUGUGGUAAUACACAUUUAUCAUCUUACUAAUCAAUCUUAGAUAGCAGCAAUACUACACAGGGAACCAACACUAAAUCUACAUCUAUUUAUCCCAAAAGAUAGAUAUGGUUUAAGUAAAAUUUUUGGAUCUAGGUGGUUGCAGUAUAGAUAUAAAAAAAAACACUCAGCAAUCUUUUGUCAUAUUGUGCAAAGAAUGGGAGAAACUUUGUACCAGUUGCGUGAAACUAUUUUUAUUUUGUUUUUUGGGAGUUGCAUAAAUAUAUAACUUCAUAUAACAUACGCAAAUCAAUUAUUUCUGUAAAUCCUCACUCUGCACCAUCAUCUCUACUGAGUUACCCACAGCUGAGAAGAGAGCUCUCCUUUCUUCACCAAAAUGCCUACACGUGAAGAAUGAACAUCUUCACCCUCCGUGUUGUACAUGACCUAACCUUCCCCAUCAGAUGAAGGUACUUUGUGAAGUACCCAUGUCGUCAUCUAACCUGCCUCUGACUGCACCUGUUUUAUUCCUACGGUUCAUUAGCUGAAAACACUCUCAUAGAAUCAGGUUCUGGAAUCUUCAUUCUGGCAUCUGUUGCUGCUUCUAGCCCUCUUUGUUCGAGUAAUUAGCAAAAGGCAGUAUCUUUCAAUUGUGAGCAGGUUGAGGGAGAUAUUCCUUGCAACAGGCAUUACUAUUGAAAUGGUAACAGUGCAGUAGGCUCAAGCUUCCCAGAACAAUACUCUACGCUGCAUAUCUUUAUACUCAUGGCAUCUGUCAUUUUUCUUGAUCUUGGGCCACCCAUGUUCCCCAUCAACCUGCUAAGCGACUUUACCAUUACUGUUUUACUGUACUGCUUUUUCACAUAUCUUUUCAAUGUGCUCCCAUUACCAUAGAUGGCAGUCAAGCAUCACACCAAUAAACUUCACUACUGCUUUUGUAUGGAUCUCGAUUGAACCGAUGAUCAUGGGGAUCAAUGUGGGAAUCUUUGAUUGUGUGAUCAUGAUUGUAUUUGUAACUGCAAACUCAAUUCCAUACUCCAACAGUGAACCUGAAUCAUCAUUUUAUUCAGAUGAAGUUGUACAGCCUCUUAAUAACAUUGCGUAUUCUCCUACACUUACUUUUCAAGGAGUUUGAAAAUACCUAUUUGUUUUUAGUUCAACAACGGCUUUGUCAAGAACAUCACAGAUCUAAGUGUCUUAUGAUGACACAUAUUAACUAUGUUUCUCUUUGACUGUUGCAAACACAAUAAUGAUCAUUGAAUUGUUACCUGUUGGGUAUUGGAAGUACAUUGGAGUCUUCUGCAGAGUCACUAUGCAGUUAAGAGGUGGUUUUUGUUUAUCUUCUGAAUCAAGGCAAUUAAUACUGUACAAUUUGUUGACAUCUGUUGUGGAUUGUUUCAACUUGAUUCUCGAGAUUUCGAAGGUGGUAGCUAGUCAAUAAAUGAUAGGGGUUUUGUGAUAAUAAUGUUCUGUUUAUUCCUGGUUGAAUUGAGACAUGAAUAUGUCAACUUUGGAUAAGUGAAAGUUGUAAAGAAAUCAUAUUUACAAUACAAGUUAAGUUAAAGAAAGCCAAAUUUCAGCUUUUCCAAGUUUAGCUACCGUAAUAUGUAUUGGGCUCAUCUGUGUUAAUUUUACUGUAGCACUAUACAAGGUUUCAUAUUUACUCUGUCUCACCUUGUUAUCUGUUGAGCUGUUACAAUAAAUAAUAAUUUAUUGACAUUCUAUUAAUUUGUUAUAUGUAAUAUCUACAUAUUUUAAAAGUUUUAUGGGAUCAAAUUAAGAAAACAUAUUCUUAGGCUAUUGUAAAGUUGUUCAAAGUGUUAACGUGUUUUGUAUGCCUUUUUUGAAGAGUAUCUCUGUAAAAAUAUUUUUAUAACUUUCCAGCUAAGAAUGAAAUGAAAAAUUAUUUUUGAUCUGCAGAGCAGAUGAUUAACAACAUCCUUCUCAGCUAUUGGAAAUAGUUUUUCUUUGCCAUUGUUACAUAUUUUAUGACAUUGGUCUGUACUAAUCAUAUUUUUGGCAUUGUACAUGCAUGUGUUGGUAAUCGACAUGAGAUUCAAACUUAAGUGGUCUAAAAUCCAAUGAACUAUGAUGAUCUUCAUUUAAAACCUUUCAUCAAUAGCAUGGAUCAUGAAAUGUAGACUUUAAAUGAAAAGAAGCAAUGGUUUAUGUACAGAGUGGGGUAAUCAAGAUUAUCCGAUAUAAUUCAUUAUAAAUUAUAAACUUCUGCUGAAAUCAAUAUUUUAUUUAUCCCUUACUGUACAUGAUUUUAUUUGCUGGUUAUACUUCAAUUUAUAAAGAAAAAAUGUUUUUUUUUUUCGUAGCUCAUUCAUGUAGGCAUAUUUUGAGGCAAUUUUCAUGUGGUUGUAUGAUUUUUAUUAACCUAGCUUUUCAAUUUCAAUUUUUAAUAAGAUGGGUAGUUCAGGUAUGUUUCAAAUGCAGAAGAAAAAAUUAAUUUGAUACUGCAGUAGAUGGGCUACAUGGAGACAAAGGACUGACAUCAAAAUUAGGACUAGGAACCUGAACUUAACGAAAAUCCUAAUUAUGACUGUAGUUAUUUUAAUCCAUACCACUAGGCAUAUGUGUAUUUAGAAUCACAGUAUCAAAACUGAGGGGGCAACCCAUGAUCAUGAACAUUUUGGAAUGGAAAAGUUUACAUUUUAGCCAUUUAUUACUAGUUAUUACAAUUUUAUUCUAAUUCAGUGUCUUAGUCUUAUAUGAAUUAAUAUAAUUUACUUUUCCAUUUUAGUGAGGGAAGGGGGGGAUCAGUUGCCCCUCCUCUGCCUGUUGCCCCUCACUGGGUUCGUCCAUGUCACUACAUUAUGGACAUAUCAGUAGCUUUUUGCAGUCCUUUGUUAUUAGAAAAGUGUAGUUUCCCAUGAAGCAACUGUGAAUCAUUAAUAACCACAAGAUAUGCUUUCAUGAUGAUUCCUUUUAAGUAAUUAGCUAUGAAAACCUUUUGCUGACAUAAAUUGAUGCACAGCCAACAUUAUCUAGAGGGAAGAGACAUCACUCAAAUUCAAGGAAAAAAAUUAAAUUCUAAUAUCAUCCGAUUGUUUAUCAGUUAUGAAUGUUAUUAUGUUUAUUUUUUAUAAAAAAUUAUAAUUGAAAAAUUUGAUGUAGUUGUUUACGGUGAUAGUUGAAGUAGGCUAAAAGACUUUAGAGUGCCAUACUUUUUAUGUGGUUCUCUUCUUCAACAUUUUUGACGUCAGAACCAAGGUCAAAAUAUUGUAUUCAAAAUAGAAGACUCAUUUAUUUUAUGCUGUCGUCAGCAGAACACUUGGUAACAUGGAACUAUAAUAGUAGAAAUUACUAUUUUUAAUAUGAAAUGGGGAAAGGGGAUGGGUUUAUUUGUAUAAUGUGUAUCAAAUUAUUGUUAAAAAUGUGUGUUUGAUAUUACUAGGUAUCCAACAAUAAACUGUUUAAAAAAUCAUGAUUUAUAAAUAAACGAACAUGCAUAACAAGGAACAAACUUUUAAAUUUCAUUUUAACAAUAUUCACUAUAGUAGACGUGAGGCCACAUUCAUGCAGAGUAUGCCAUAGACUCCUUAUACACAAAAGAUUGAUCCAUCGAUUUGGAGAUGUACCUGAAUUUGUUUUUCUGGAUUCGUUGCAUAAUUUUUAAUCUGCCAAAUGAUUUGUUAAUCGAAAUAGAGUUCACAGAAUAUUUUAUAAAAUCAAUAUCGAUUGACAAAUUUUAAUUAUGUAAAAUUAAUGAAUUUGGAGUCUUCUAAACUUUAAUGUAGAUUAAAAAGUUAAAAAUUAAUAAUUUUCAAUUUAACCCAAAUUUUAACUACAUUUAAAUACAAUAAUAAAAAACAAAUUAACUGGUUACUUGAUUACCUAAGCCAUUUAAUUUGUUUGUGAAUUGUGAAUAAUCAAGCAUUCCUGAGAAAGACACACUAUCUUCAUUCAAAAUAUUUUAAUUGUAAAUACACGUUACAAGUUGUAGAUCAUUGUGAAAGCAACUGCUGAAAUAAAAAGAAACAGAGAACUACCAAUGGAAAAGAACAUUUAGAUAUUAUUUUUAUUUUCAAUGAAUCUCACAGAUUGACCUGAGUAAUGAAAUAUUUGUUGUCAAUGAUUGUUAAGUCUUUGCCUUAGACAGAUUUAAAUGAGUUUUAAUUGAAAUGUUUAUUAGUUUAGUUUGGACAAUGAUGAGUACCUCCUAAAACCUUUUGUUAAACAAGUAGUUAACUAGGAGCAAUUAUGGCCAACCUCACUCAGAAGACAUUGACCAAACUCUGCUCAAAACUUUGCUCAAAAUCUUUCUCCAAGAAGAGGAGAAUUAGCAUUGAAGUGGAUAAUUAUACAAAGGCUUUUGCAUAAAUAAUGAAUAAUUCUCUUUGUGCGAUUUGCUGUGAUUUAUUUGUUAUAGCUAACAGUCAAUAUCUUAUACUAAAACUAAUUCUUAAAUUCAUUUAAGAAGCAUACCAUUUUUGUUAAAGAAAUGAUUUUUAACAUAUUAAAUUAAUUUUGCAGCUAAUCUAUGAGUCAAUGAUCUUGAUAGAACCUUAUUAUUUCUUGUCUGAAAUUUUAUACAAAAGCAAACAUAUUAAAACAUUGUGAUUUUUGUCCGUAAAGUAUAACAACAUGAACGUCUUAUCAUAACUUUCAACCUGGAAGUAAAGUAUUGAUUUUGUUAAAAAAUAUACUUAGUACAAACCAUUUACUCAAAGUUGGUAUGGUAUAUAAUCUCCAUUAAUUUACCUGGAGAUAAUUGUAUGUUCUAUUGAACUUAUUGUUGUGUAUGUAUGCCCAACAUUUAUUUCAUUCCUUUUCUUUUCUGCUGAAACAGUUUACAUUCUCUCAUAUAAUAUGUAUCGAUGUACCCAAAUAAAUGCUUUUGAAUGUAUUAAACAGAUGUUCUAAGAAACUGCAUUGUUGGGCAUUAAAGAUUUAUUGGGAAUUCCUCCCUAUGAAUGCCUGAAAAUAUGAAUUUGUUGCAGGUACUGUUGCUUAGUUUUACUGUUUUUUUAUGUGGAGUGGACAGAUUCCAAGUGUUUGUAAUAAGUCAGGUAAUACUGUUGAUGAAUUUGAAGGAUUCUUAAAUUGCUUGACUCAAACAUUUCCUUUGGUUUUGUUCAAGACCCAUAAAUAUCAUAUUUGGUACAUACCUUGAGGUGAGUGAAGUAACUAAAGGUGAUGGGGACUGGUGGAGAGGUUUUACUUAUUCUACUCUGCCAGACUGACCACUACCAGGAGAUUAGAGAGGCCCGUGUGCAUUAAAAAAAGAAUGUUACAUAGUUUUUUAUUAAAUCAAUAGAGGAUAUCCUGUUGCUGUUGUAAUUGGUGAUCAGUUGUAUUUAAAAUUUCAGUGAAGGUUAAAAUAGGAGUGUAUCAAGAAAGAUAAAGGUACCAGUCACCAUAAAUAUUUGGUAUAUUUUGAUAAAAAAAGGUUACCAGUUUUUGAAAUUAAUAAAGGUGACUUGUUAACAAAUGUAUAAUUUAGUUUACCAUUUUGUUAUCUUUCCAUUUUAAUACCUACCAAAACUAACGGGGAACGGUAAUUAAUUUCUUUCUUGAGGAAAAGUCCUCUGUUCAUUUAAUAAAAAAUUAGGAUGUACUCUUAUACAUCACAAAUUGGCUCUCACAUCCAUGGCUAGUUGACCUUUUUAUAAGCACUAACUAUAAUUUUUAUAAGAAAUUGUAUUCAAUCUUUAAUGAGUAUACACAUAGUAAUCUAUUUCAAAUUUUUUACAAUUUUCAAAUGCACUAUUUUCACUUUGAAAUUUAAGUGGCAUGUGAGUAUCUAUGAUACAAGAAGAUUGUAUAAAAUUGACACCUGAUGUCAUGGUUCCUUUUUCUUUCUAUUGCAUCACUAUUCAAAUUGAAUAAUGUGUUUCGCACAAAACUAGGAAUAGCAUUAACAAGUAAAUGAAUUAUACAUGAAGAAGUUUACAUAAAAAUAAUAGUACCUAACGUAUCUAUUGCCCUACACACAAUAAUAUAAUUUAUAUAAAUUAUAUUAUUGUGUAUGCAUAAAUGACCUUUUAUUGGUAAUUUUGUACAGAAAAGUACAUUUUGCUCCUAUGAUAUAACACUCUUGGCUAUAAUGGUUAUGUUUUGCAAUAUUGUGACACAUACAAAAACGUUCAACAAAAUUUAUUUUUGUAAACUUAUUAAUAUUGACAGUAUCUUUUUCUAUGAUGUUAGUAUACUUGUUGCAAUUAUGUUUUUGUUAUUUUGAUAACAAGUAGUUUUUAUAUUGAUUCACACUCAAAUUGACACCAUCAAAGUUGAAAACAGGUUUAUUUUCACACUAUAUAUGUUAUUAUAUAAAUAAUAAAAAUCAAUUAUAUACAGCACAGUAUAUACAGUUUAGUUUGUAUGAACUCUCAUAAACUAGGUAUUUGCACACACUACAAAUACGAUCUUGUGUUUUCUUACAUAUACUGGCACUGUAUUAUGACUUUGCUUGUAACUGUGAAUAAUCUUUCUUUUUGUAUACACAUUUAUUGUGGGUUAGAUUUUACGAUGAUGACAAUUAUUAUAUUGUUGUCUGUAAAUGUUGUAAUACAGCUUAAAGUACUAAACUAAAUGUUUUCAGAGUAGCUGAAACGGAAUGAAUAGCUGAAGCAAAUAUGCUGACAGUGGUGGUACAUUAAUUACUUUCUUUACUCACCUCAAGGAUAGUAUGUAAAAUUAUAAACAUAGUAUUCUUUUCAUAAUGGUUAAUCAUUAAAGCAGGAAGAAUUAAGGCUAAGUAAUCACUCAUACUGAAACAGCAUGAGUUAUAUAGUGAUUGGUAAACAAAACCUUAUUGCAAAACCAGCGAGUUUAAUGCCUCUAAGCAUUAUGCAUACAGAAUUUGAAUUUGGAGGAUCCAAAGUAAAAAACUUAUAUUUGAUGGGUUGGGAGGUGAUCAACUUCCCACAGACCACUUUUAAUUUUUUGUUUAUCAUCUACAAUUAUAAUUUGCUCUUGAAAUGUUCUUAUCUACUAUACCAUAAUGAUAACAUGAAAUAACUGUUGAAAUAACUUUCUUUAAUUUUAUCCUUAAUAUUAUUGUUUCUCUCUGGGAAUUCCUCCAAAUUAGAUUCCAGCCUUAAUCGAAAUUACUAAGCUUAAAGUAUAAUGCAAUCACACCAAGCAGUAACCAAAUUUCUAUUUUACACAGUAUGUGCGGUCGAUGUGUCUUACAAAUAUUGUUUUAAUUAAUUAUAGUAAAAUAAAAUAAAUGACAAUGAUUUUUAGUUAGCUAAAAAGUAUUUGAACUAAUAGUAAUGAUUACCUGCACAGUUAUAAAUCCUGAUGACUUUAUUAUGUGUAAAAAGUAAAUUUUAAAAAUUUAAUUUUAUGUAUAUAUGUUUUUGAAAUGAAGUAUAUUUUAUUUAAACGUUUGUAAGUCAAUAUAAUUUUAUAAUACCACAAUAUGUACUGUAUAAAUAGCAUGACAUGUAACUUUGUGUUGUGUUUCUCCAGCCAAUUUGAUAAUGUGACCAUAAAUGUUAAAUAAUUUAUUGUCAAUACAUGGCCAAAUUUGUGCAAAUGUAAAUUAACCGUGCUUGGAUAGUGAGGAUUUAAAAAUUGCAACUGUUGUAAGCAAGGUUUAAAAUGUGUAAUGUUUUAAUUUAAAGUCCUUCUGUAUUACUGGCUAUGAAUAAUCCUGUAGUCAAUUUUAUGUUUUGGUUUCAAUCAUUGUAAGCUGUUUCAGACGGUUUAACCUGAACUGUUGAAUGGUCUAAAUAAUAUUUACUGAUACGCUUAUUAACUGAAAUCACUGGUUAACUGUGUUCUAAUAGAAGUAAGCUACAUAGCUAUUGUAUGAACCAAUAGUAUUCUAUGUUAAUUGUGCCACUUUCUGUUCGCUGCACCCCUACAUCCCCUCCCUAAUGAGUACAAAUGGUGGCAAUGUGUCGUGUACGCCAUAUUGUACACUUUGUAUAUUAUUCAUAUUUUUCUAUGAGGUUUUGUAUUAUUAUUUGUUUGUUGACUCUUGAUGGAUGUAUUUGUAUUUGAAUAAUUUUCGUAAGCUUUUAACGUAUGGUUUGCCCUGUAAAAAGCUAAGAAUGUUUAUGGUAAGAAAAAGUAUUUAUUAUGAUAGUAAUGAAAUAUUACUGCAACAGGAUAGUCAUUUAGGCACUACGCCGAUAGAGGCGGAUUUACAAAAUCUGUAUUCUGUUUCAUUAGAUCCUCACACAGGCCAGUGGUCAAUGAGGGUGGGCAGAUUAAGGAGGCCGGCUUCUCCUUAAAAAAUCUUUAUAUAUGUUAACUUGAUUCUUAAAAUCUAAUUUAUUUCUUUGAUAUGAAUUAAAAACACAUUUUUACGUAAUAAUUCUACUUGAGUGGUGUUUAUGGACAUCCUAGUUUGGUAUGUGUCUAACCUUAAUAAAAACAAUGAAUCGCUUUGAAUUUAAAAAGUCAUGCUUGAUCAAAAUUAGAUGUAAUUUUGGAACAUUUCAAGAUCAAAAUUUAUUAACUAUCGUUACUUUUAACCAAACCAAUUGAUCGAGUUUGAAAAUUUCAUCAGGUCUCAUUCGAACUACAUGAUCAAGAUUUAUCAACAGACUUCAGAGUUAGAAUCGUUUUGAUGGAUUUUAGUAAGUUUUAAUAUUACCUGAUUUUUAAGUGAAAUUACUCUAAAAAUCAGAACAUAACCAGUGGCUAGCACCACAUGCUAUCUAUCAGCUCCAGUUCACAUUGAGAAUGGUGCCACCACUUCUCCCAUUUGUUAUUUUAUUACUGUAAAAAAACUUAAAUAACUUUAGUUGUUAUUUAAAUUCCACCUUGUAACAUCACACUUUUUAAAUAGAAAUUUUACUUUAUAUUUAUAUAAGUUGUUUUGCAACAGUUGUAUAUUUUAUUUUCUCCCUUAUACAUAGCAUAGGCGUGUGUAGUGUGAUGAUGCAAAGAAACUAACUUUAUUUUUCACUGAAAAUAUCCAUUUUGAGUCUUCGCAAGUGGAAAAAGUGGUCUUCAUAAAACAAUACAUACAUAGUGGGUGUAAGUAUAAACAGUCCACAUCAAUUGAGAGAAUUUGACCUAAUUUUACAUGUAGAUGUGGUUGAUAAGUAGGCAAAAAAGUUAUUUCAUUAAAAAAUAUUAUUUUAGCUACAAAAAAUGUUAAGAAAAUCAAGUUUUAGGGUCUAUUUCAAUUUAUGGUAAUUACUUACAGUCUAUUAGAUGUCUAAAAACUGGAACAAGUUUUAAAUCUAAUUUAUAAAUAUCAUCAACUCAAUUUAUAUAUGAUAACACCCUUUUUUAAUAGUUUUACCUAUAGAGGUUUCUGAUUGUUAAAACCAAUACAUAAUUUUACUUGAUUAAACAAUACUCUUGGUCUAAGUGUAAAAAGUAGUUCUUGAAGUUUUAGUUGAAUAUUUUACAAUUUAUGCUCAUGGAAGCAUAUGACAUGUGAAUUAUAUCUCAUACACAUUCUGUAAAAUAAGAUUUAAUCUUUGUUAUUGUAAAAAUACACAUUAAUGUAUGGGGCUGAAAUAAUAUCUCAGCCAUGAAAUAUUGUUUUCUAUAUGAUGAGUGAAAGUUUCACCAAAAUAACUAGCACUAUUUUAUUGGUAUUAUUCCUUAAUUAUUGUUGCUAACAAAUGGUAAUAAGUAAUUCAUAAAUAUUGAACAUUUAUGAACAUGCACUCCAGCAAUCUGUUCAUCAAUUUAGACACAAUAUAAGCAAAAAAUAUACAAGAUUUGUUUUAUUUUCUAAUCUCUCAUAGUUAAUGAUGUUAAACUCUAAUCUAAUAAUUAGAGAAUCAUUGAGUAUUAGGGUGUUUCUUGUUGCAAAGAGAAACUUGAUUUUCAAAUAUUUACUACAAUAAAGGUUUAGCAUCUUUAGGAGAGAUCCAAAUAUAUUUUAUUUCUUUGAAUUUGAAUUUCUUACCAUACCAUUUAAAAGCUUCAAUUUUGGUUUUUGUUACUUGGGCAAAUCAUAUUAUAACUGUUUUAUGUUCUGUGAAAGCUUUAAUAUCUGUUGAUUGAUGUCAAACUUUACUUAUGUCUAUUUUUCCAGAUUGAAAAAUAAGAAAAUACUAAGUGUCUUAUGUGUAAAUAAUGGGUGAAUUUAAAUUCAAACCAAAUGUGUCUGUAAGUGUGAAAGUAAAUGUGUUUUGUAUGUAUAAGGCACCCGAACUCUUCACAUGACUUUUCUACGAAUCUUAGUGAUAAGAAUGAUUUAGUACGUAGGAGAUUGUAUUUUGUACAUACGUGGAUAUAUGUGCUUUAUGUCCCAGUGUAUCUGUCUUCUGACGAGUCUAUACAGUCUGCAGACAUGGAAUAAAGUCAAAGUUUAUUUAGAUAA